ACAUUUUCAGUUAAUGGCCGUCAGUUAGCUGGAAUGGGGCGAGAUACUGUUUUCGCUCAAUAUUAUUGUAAAAAUUACAAGUUAUAGUACUAUUCGUGUUGUUGUGAAUUAAAAACAUAACUGUAAAAUUUUGUGCGCGUUAGUGAAUUCUAGUGACUUUAGUAAUAGUGAAAUUGUUUUAGAAAUAUAUGUGUCAUAAAAUAGUUACGAAUUAGUGAUAAUUUUUCUUAUUUGUUUAUUGGAUUACUAUUUCCAGUUUGAGCGACUACAAAUAGUCAGAGUCGAAAGUGCAUCCAUGAGACGUCGCUAGGCUUCCUGGUUCCAGGGAGCGCCACGCUGCGCCAUCUAGUUUCAUAGGGGCGGUGUGCGAGUGCCGCGCCGCCAUGUCGCACCACAGCGACGAGCAGGCGCUGCUCACGGUGACGUCCGACUCGUUCUGGGAGCCGGGCAACUACAAGCGCACCACGCGCCGCAUCGACGAGGGCCACCGCCUGUGCGGCGAGCUCCAGGCGCUGGUGCAGGAGAGAGCGGACAUAGAGAAGGCGUACGCGAAGAGUCUGAGAGGAUGGGCGAAAAAGUGGAACGACCUUAUAGAGAAAGGUCCCGAGUACGGCACAAUGGAGGCGGCGUGGAAGGGCGGCAUGGAGGAGGCGGAGCGGCUGUCCGACCUCCACCUCAGCGUGCGGGACCGUCUCGUCAAUGACGUCAUAGCACAGAUCAAGAACUGGCAGAAGGACACCUAUCACAAGUCAAUGAUUCAACUAAAAGAGCGGAAGGAGAUGGACGAGGCGUUCAAGAAGGCUCAGAAGCCGUGGGCGAAGUUCCUGCAGAAGGUGGAGCGCACGCGGCUGGAGUACCACACGGCUUGCAAGCAGGAGCGGACGGCGCAGAACCAGGAGCGCAACGCCAGCGGGGACAGCUCGCUCAGUCCGGACCAGGUUAAGAAAAUGGCAGACCGAGUAUCGAAAUGUCGAGACGACGUGUCGAAGAACCGGGAGAAGUACCAGGCGGCGCUAGCCGAGAUCACCGCGUACAACCCGCGGUACAUCGAGGACAUGACCGGCGUCUUCGAGCGCUGCCAGCAGAUGGAGGCGCAGAGGCUCAUCUUCUUCAAGGACGUGCUGUUCAGUUUUCACAAAUGCUUGGACAUCAGCAAGGAGCCUACAUUACCGCAAAUAUACGAGGAAUUCCACCACACCAUCAACAACGCCGACCACCAGAAGGACCUGAAGUGGUGGGCGAACAACCACGGCGUCAACAUGGCCAUGGCGUGGCCGCAGUUCGAGGAGUACACGGAGGAGUUCCGGGACAUCGCGAAGGGCAAGUCCAAGGAGAGCCUCCCCACCGGCCCCAUCACGCUGCUCAACCAGCGGCCCGUCAGCGAGGACGAGUUGCCGCCGAUCACCAACAACAAAUCCAACAACAAGGCGAACCACACGGAGCCCGCCCCAGUCAACACCGCGAGCAUAAACAACACCAGCGCCAACAACACCAUAGACAAGAAAUCCAUCAGCGCGCCGAUUGCUGUCACGAACGGCACGGCGUCGGCACCGAAGUCGGCGAAGUCGUCACCGGCGAAGGAGUCGCGGCAGGAGAACCCGUUCGAUGAGGAGGAGUGGGACGAAGAGUCGGCGGGCGCGCUCACCGACACCGGCGAGCCCGGCGUGCCCGUGCGCGCGCUCUACGACUACACCGGCGCCGAGAGCGACGAGCUCAGCUUCCGACAAGGUGACCUAUUCGAGAAACUAGAGGACGAGGACGAGCAGGGCUGGUGUAAGGGGCGCAAGGACGGCCGCGUCGGCCUCUACCCCGCCAACUACGUCGAACCCGUCGGACACUAGCCCCCGACACACGCUCCGACACCGACUAAACGAUUAAACUGCACAGUUCGGCCUUAGUAUAUACAAGCCCCUUACCCAUAAAAAAGUUAUAGUUGGAUACACUGUACAAUUUGUCCUUGAAAAAGUAGCUUGAAAAAGAACAAAAUAUUGUAUUCACUUGUGUAACUAUUUUUAUCAGUAAAGGGGACGGAGUCAAGACUUCUUAAUAGACUGCCUAAAUCAAAGUUCACAUAUUAUUUUACGAGGCCACUAAUUCUAAGAACAAAACUUUAAAUUACACAUUAAGAAGCCAAGUAAAAAACGCUUAUGUAUGAUGGGUGCGCCUAACGAGCAGCCUAUUGUGAAGAUGCUCUGUUUAUAAUUUUUAUGUCUAAUGUAACUAGUUGUGUCCCUUUUUAGUCGUGUGCAGCAGGACUAAAAAGGGACACAACUAGUAAUAUACAAAAGGACAUACGAACUGAAAGUGUCGACGAUAUGGCGAGAACACCAAUAAACAAUUUUCACGGCUAAGUCUAAUGUUAAUGUUUUGCCAGCUAAAUGUCACGAAAUUCUAUGUAUGUCGAUGACUUCACCCUAUGAUUUUGUAAUUUUCAACUAAAUUGUAGCGACAUUUAAGACCCAAGUCGCUGUCGGAGCGGUGUUAUUUAUACUCUGAGCUGCUCGGUAGUUUUACUAGGAAAUGGUCUGAUUUAGAACAAUUUCAGUAUUUACACUUUUGAGAUACACGAACUAGUAUGGUGAUAAACGUACGGGCGCGGAACAUGUAGAAAUUAUAUCACGUGUCUCUUUCAUCUCUUAUAUUGCUGUCGCAUUCCUAUCGCGUACCUGUACAAACGUGAUAACAAUAUAUUAGUGAGUGAAGGAGACAAGUAUAUUGAUGAGUCAAUGUACUAUUUUUAUGUGCUUUUUAAAGUUGUACCAAAAAAGAGAAAAACUGAUAUCCCAUAGUGCCCACUGCAAUAUUAAAAUCGAUAACAAUUGCCACAAGUUCUAUAUUUACUUUGUUUUGAUUUGACUUAUUACCUUUUUAAACGAAAAAUUUGACUUUAAACGUGAGACUAAAAUUUUAUUACAAAAAACGAAGGUAUUUUAUUUGUACUUAUAAAGAUGUAUUAUUAAUUGUAAAGAGCUUUAACGAACUGGAUUUGUCUUUCCAUUUAUAUGAGAUAGAAGACACAAUUUCGAGCAUUGAGUGUUGUGAAGCGAGACGUCUUGAUUUGCAACGAAACCGAGAACCGCAACAUUUUUGACGUUUUUUUUUAUUUCGGCCCAAUUUUACUAUUGACCGAGCUAUUUUUAUAAUGCACUUACAAAAACACAAAAAUUUCGAAGGAACUUUAUCUGACGUACGUUUGGAUCGUAUUUACAAUCACGUCGGCCUAGAUGUCGUAGUCUACGGUUACUCGCAUAGGCGGCACACGUCGCCCCAAUAACUAGCUAUGCCAAAAACUAAACGCCUACCCGAGAACGGCCGCUACAUAGUGAUAGCUAAACUUUGUAAUAUAUUAGCGGACUUAGGCGUUAAUUUCUGUACAUACACGGUUAUAUUUAACGUGCAUACAAAAUAUUUAUUUUCCGUUGUAUAUAAUGUAUAAUUAUACAUGUCGAACGGGGCGGCGCUAAGCUAAUCUAGUAUUAAUAACCACGGUUUUCGUAGUCAACAUACCACUAACUAAACUAGCUAAACGUUUAGCUAUACGUUUAGCUUCGAGCAGUGUUAUGUUUCUAUAACUUUAUUACUAGCGACUCUCGCCAUAGUACGUAUAAGAUGUUAGCUGGAUAUUGCCCGAUGUGACGUCACUAGCGCGACGUUAGCGCCGCCCCGUUGACGGUUUAGUAUUAAAUUAGUACUUAGUAUGAUAAUAUAAUGAAAGUGUUUAUCUUAUUUUCUUUCCUUUCUUUAGUACCUCGUUUAUGUCGUAUCACGUAUGGGAGUCCAGCGAGGCUGAUGUUUUAUAGUUUUGACUCGUGUCGCGUUGUUCACUUAGUGGUAGCGAUGUUUGUUUUCUUUGUUAUGGGCUGCGAUGUCUCGCGGAAAUUCAUUGUAUUAUAUUAUUAUCGGAGGGUCGUCACGGACCACAUAUGUUAAUAUAUUAAUAAUAUUGGUAAAAUAAAAUUGUUACAUAUGA